AAUACACUCAAAGUUAAGUUUUUGACAGUAGUGAGAUUUCUUGAUGAGCCUCUUCCAAGUGGAUUAUUUUGAUUGAGUGAAUUGUAUCGAUACUAUAGAUACAUGAAAAUCUAUAUUUCAUUGGGUUUAUUGUAGUGUUAAAUACCGUCAAUCUUGUCGUGACCUUUUCACGCCAGCGCCAGACAGCGUUCAAUUCCAGACCUAGAGAAUUUGUAUGUACCUAGCUGACAAGAAUCGUGAUGGCGACCAGAGUGGACUGAGAUUUCGAAGUUGUGUGCAAUAACUGGCAUAAGUAAAUAAAUUCAAUCAGUUAUUGCGUGCGGGUAGGAGGUGUCAUUGAUCGCCAUUGGUGGGAGUUUUUGGUGGAAUUUUUCCUGAUUGACAGAUUGAAUCAUCAAGGGCUUUGUUUAGCACAAUGGAUGAUGGUAAAGAGGCCGAACGCCAACCACUUCUCAGGAAUGAUAGUGUGCCGUACAGUUCCCAGAGCAGUGAUGUCCUUGACGGUACACAAUCGAAUGUCAACACUGUAUCGCCAAUUGGUCCUGAUCAGGUGCCCCCACCUUAUCAGUCCUCUAAUCAGAGUGGAAUGCCGAUGGUCACCUGCAGGGUCUGUCAGGCUAUGAUUGAUAUUUCUGGGAAAAGGGAUCAGCAUGUCGUCAAGUGCAGCCAGUGCAAUGAAGCCACGCCAAUCAGAAAUGCUCCACCAGGGAAAAAGUAUGUGAGAUGCCCCUGCAAUUGUCUCUUGAUCUGCAAGAGUGUAUCACAAAGAAUUGCCUGUCCCAGGCCCAACUGCAAACGUAUCAUAAACCUGGCGCCUAGUCCUGUCACACCACCAGUACUCUCGAUGCCAGGAAUGUGCAGGGUCUGUUGUGCCCACUGUCAUGACACUUUCUUGUUCAAUACUCUGAAUAACGCACUCGCCCGAUGUCCCCAUUGCCGCAAAGUCUCUUCCGUAGGCCCGGAUUUCGCUAAAGGACGAGGAAUAAUGUUCAUCACCAUUGGCCUCAUUGCGCUUGUCAUCGGAAUCGCCGUUACCGUUGGCACAUACUCGCUGGUGGGUACCAAUGGUGGCAUUUACGUGGCAUAUGUGGGCGCUUUCUUGGUGGCUUUGCUGUGCCUCGGGAGGAGCAUCUACUACUGUACACUGAAAAUUAGUCUAAUAGAGGGUCCAUUGUAGGAGUAAACCAUACAACCCAGCAAUUGCAAUAACCCAGAAGAUGCAACAGAAAGCGACACGUAUACAAUUAAUUGAGAGAACAGAAAUAUUAAUUUUAUCAUUGAUGUCGUAUAACCAAUUUUAGAAUUAUUCUUUCAUGAAUUCAUUAUUAAGCGCAGUCUUGGGGGCAAAUGCAUGGUGAAAGCAAUUGUAAAUGGAGAGAUAUAUGUCUCGAUAAAUCGCAAUGCCAUUUCGUGAUAAAUCACGAGUGUUUACAUGGAGAUAUAAUAGAUUUAAUCAUUAAAUUCUUAUAAUUCUUUCCUACGACAAAUUGGCAACUACUGGAGUGGAGGAGUAAAAGCAUAAAGACGACAAUUGGGGUGAUUAUGACAAGUCCACAGUGACUGUAUAUAGAGUUGUGAGUCGAGAGUGCAACUUCCAUGAGAUUGUGAAAGCUUUUUUUCUUGGUGAAAAAAAUAAGGAAAUCCAUAUUUUUUACGUUUACUAUUCCUUUAUCCUUGCGAAUUGUUAAUAUUCAUUGAUCCUGUCGUUGCAUACGAAUGACAGGUUGAAUUGUAUUUAUUCAUGUGGCAUCUGUUGGUUGUAAUAUCUUAGAAAUCCACGUGAAUGUUCGGAAAUUUUUUAUUUUUUAUCAUCUCCUCUGUAAUUAAUGUAAUUAACGAUUACAGAUGUAAUUCACAUGUCAUUACCGAAUGGUUAAUAUUAUGGAUGAAUAAAAAUACGUGAUUUUAUAUUA